AUGGCGACGGCGGGGCCAUGGUUAGGGUCCAAGAGAUGGGAUGAGGGCUCAGCGGCGGCGGGCUGGCUGCACCUGCGGCGGCACAAGGAGCGGCAGCAGCGCGCCCGGCAGCUGCGGCAGCUGCGCGCGCUGCCGCUGAGCCAGGCCGACUUCCAGCUGCGGGACGCGGCGGGGACACCGCGCACCAAGGCGGAUUUCCGGGGCCGCUGGGUGCUGCUCUACUUCGGCUUCACGCACUGCCCCGACGUGUGCCCCGAGCAGCUGGAGCGGCUGGGCCGCGCCGUGGGCCUGCUGGAGCGCGACGCCGCGCUGCCGCCGCUGCAGCCGCUCUUCGUCACCGUGGACCCCGAGCGCGACGACGCGGCGGCGCUGGCGCGCUACCUGCGCGACUUCCACCCGCGCCUGCUGGGGCUCACGGGCAGCCCCGAGCAGGUGCGCGCCGCCGCCGCCGCCUUCCGCGUCUACGUCAGCGCCGGGCCGCGCGACGCCGACGGCGACUACCUGGUGGACCACUCGGUGCUGACGUUCCUGCUGGACCCCGACGGCGCCUUCCGGGACUGCUACGGGCGCUCGCGCUCGGCCGAGGAGCUGGCGCGCAGCGUCCGCGCGCACAUGGAGGCCUACGAGCCGCCCGCCGCCGCGCCGCAAUAAACGGCAGCACCGGCA